GCGCGGGCGGAGCGGCCGGCACUGGGCCGUCCGGGCGGGGGCUAUAGAGAGGCGCGGGCGGAGCGGCAGGCACGCGGCCGCUCUGGCCGCUCACCCGGAAGCGGCGGGGGGGCCGCGCCAUGGCGGGGACGGCGCUGAAGCGGCUGAUGGCCGAGUACAAGCAGCUGACCCUGAACCCGCCGGAGGGAAUCGUAGCAGGUCCCAUGAAUGAAGAGAACUUCUUUGAGUGGGAGGCUCUGAUUAUGGGUCCUGAAGACACCUGCUUCGAGUACGGUGUUUUCCCUGCCAUCCUGAGCUUUCCACUCGACUACCCACUGAGUCCUCCGAAGAUGAGGUUCACGUGUGAGAUGUUUCAUCCCAACAUUUACCCAGAUGGGAGAGUUUGCAUCUCUAUUCUUCAUGCUCCUGGGGAUGAUCCCAUGGGAUACGAGAGCAGCGCUGAGCGGUGGAGUCCCGUGCAGAGUGUGGAAAAGAUCCUCCUGUCGGUUGUGAGCAUGCUGGCAGAACCAAAUGACGAAAGUGGAGCCAAUGUAGACGCCUCCAAGAUGUGGCGGGAAGACAGAGAACAAUUUAACAAAAUUGCCAAGCAGAUUGUGCAGAAGUCGCUCGGACUUUAAGCUCACAGAGACUGAAGUAUUUUGUAUUUCUCUCCACCUGAAAGCGAGCAGUGCUCCGUGCUGGUACCAAAAAGGAAAACUUUGCAAACUAUUGGCCUAGUUCUUCUUAUCGUUCGUUAUUUAUUUGCCAUCUCUCUUCUUCCACUGCUCCAGAGAAGCCUCUAGUUCACUGACUAAAUUGCGUGGAAAAGGGAUUUUAAUACUAGGGAAAAAUAUGGAGAUAAAGCUCUUUCGAAGGCUGCUUGUUGCUACCUCACUUUGUGGUAUGGGAAGCUCAGAGACCUUGCAGUCUGCAGCCCGCCUUCACCAAUCUGCUGUUUGAGACAGAGCUGGUCUGGAUCCCCUGCCAAAAGCGUUAGGUGUCUGUUUUUAUAGGUAGCCUUGCGGCUGCAGCACCAGUAGCCAAGAAAUAAUCUGUCAGUUUUAUGAUCCUUUGCUGUGUUAGGGGCAGCGUUUGCAGUCAGAACUGAUUUGAAGAGCAGGAUUAGUGAGACCGAAAAACAAGGUUAUGAUCAGGAUACAUCCUCAAAGGAAGGGAAUGCGCAGGAUGUAAGUGAAAGAGAAGAGUUAGGGAGGUGCUGUCAGGGACCAGCUGGAGGUCUAGGGUGGGCUGGUGCUCCCAUCUACACCACCAGUUUGUGUUGAGCCUCUGAGUUGGUGUUUGCGUGGAAGAAAUCUCAAGAGUUGCUGUUAUUACUCCUACAGACACUCACAGUAAACUUCACAUUCAUUUAGGGGUGCAAGGUGUAAAGACCGAGUUUUUAAACGCUAUAGUCAGGUUCACUGUGGGUGAGGUAGGUCCUUGGCAGCCUGAACAUUCCGCCGGGUACGUGAGGUGUUUCUGCAGUGGUGUCAGCUCCUCUCCUGUUAACUUUUGGGUGCUGAGAGGAUUGGGCGCUGCUGGCCUUCACCGUUACAGCCCGGGUCUCCUGGUUUUCAGGUGAACGAGCAGAGACAACCAGGCUGAACUUUGUAAAAUCAACUGUGACGCUUACUUAACGCUGCCUGCUCGUGAUCUGGAGACAACACUGGCUCUUUUCCAGGCGAUGGGACAAUGUAUGUUAAGAAAGAGUUGUAGCCAAAUGCUGGUGUGGAGGCUGUGGGAAACACCGGCUCAACGAUCGUUUGUGAAACCACUCGGGCCACCGGUACCCUUGUGCUUUGCAAACAAAUCCCCUGCGUAGGUCCAAAUCGACUCCUAUUUCCUACAAGCAAUAACAUGCCCGUGGACAGCACAUGGAAUCAGAUUUUGCUGGCAGCUUUAAAUGGGCUAAAGUUGAGAAGGGCUUUUUUUUUUCCACCUGUGAAAAGCGUGUGACCUGGAAGGAGCCGCACUGUGGCGAAGGCGAUGCUGUGCAUGCGCCUAUGUGCAACUCGUCAGUAUUUAUGUCUUGCUGUCCAUGCUGCGAAUCACGGCACACCGUCGUUCUGCACCUCUGAAGAGUCUGUAUUGCUACAGCUUGCUGAUUUUACCUCCUUGUAGAAGUAAUUCUUGC